GGUGAAUCAAAUUGAGUCACAGAUCCAUCCCAAACGAUUCGCUGGUGAUGUUUCUGAUUCAUCAAAUGGAGCUCUUGCAAGUUCGCCCCGAACAUCCUGGGGCGAAGCUGUUGCACUGCUUAAUAUUCACCUUGUCGGUCGCUCUCUCCAAAUAAAGAAAGUGAAUCCAAGUCUCAUGUUACUUUCUUCAUCAAAUAUCGUCAGGCUGGAGAUACCGAGUUGCACAACCACGCCUAGUCUUUCUCUCGACUGUGGGGUCUCCUUCAGAUUUCGAAAUUAUCUGAUCACAACUUGCGUUCUUCGACGGCAAAUUCGAUUUCAAUACCUGCUUUUCUCUUGCAAAGUUCUGGUCACGAGUUUUUAAUCGAUUUCCUCACUCUAUUACAUACCGAAACCACAGACUCAGUGCCGAAGAACAUACCAGCCAGCCCCUUCUCUCGAACACGAUGAGCGCUCACACUAUCACCCAUGAGACGUCCAUUGAUACGAAACCCAUCACACCACAAGAUGUCGAGGUCUAUGAGAGCGCUUCAUCCUACUUGAAUCAUGACUACAAUAUUCUCAUCGUCGAGUUCGACAAAGACAGAGAACCCGCCAUCAAAUCGAAAUUUGUUGCCAUGAACCUGCACACCAUGGAGCGGCUUUUCGAUUUUGAAGACAAAAUUAAGCUACUGAAGAACUUCGUGAUAAAAAAGGAGGCCCAUAUUGCGAAAGGAAAGAAAAUGAAAGCGUCACAUUUCGAUAAGGAGCGCGAUUGCCUCGAGGUAUUGGCAGAUGACUUCGAAACUUUGAGAAUGGACAUGAUGGCAUUGAGAGUACUUCUUGAAGGCUCUGAAGGAUAUACGUAUAAGAAGACUUCUGCAGGAUUUAGGAUCAUCCGUACCACCCCGACUAGAGGGAAGCUUUCUGUAACAGAGCCGGAGGACGAAGCCAAAACUGUGUCCAGAACAUCUACAAAGAACAAAAGCACCAGGUCGCAGACUAGGCGCAGCCUUCCUUCAUCUCCUUCAACCGCUUCAUCAGACAUCUUACAGCACUCUGAAGCAUCAAGCACCGAGCCGUCUUUCAGAAUCUACGAGGAGAAGAAGCGGAAGCGAUCUUUGACUGAGCAUGACCAGGCUAUGGAUUUCCAGAGACAGGAACCCGACUUUGUCGACCCAGCUCCCAACCAUGCCGCACAAGCUGAGAAGAAGCAUGUCACCAGACGAGCUUCAAAAAGAAAAAUUCAGAAGUAUCCUGCUGUUGCUGUAAAGGCAUCAAUUUCAUCUUCUACUACUUCUAGGUCUAGUAAACCUCGCCGAGAGGUCAAAAUGCCAGUUGUUGAAAUUGAUGGGGUUAUCUCAGAGCAGCUGCUACUCGACGAGAGCGUGGUUGCUGCAAUCGUAAAGCGGUUCUCAUCUCAUUCUACCACUUCAGCACCACAAGAUCAAGAAGUGAAGAGUCUUAAACUUAAGAUUAAAGAGCAGCAGGCCAGGAUCAAAGAGAUAAGUCGGUACACGGAGGUUCUGUUGAAGGAAAGGGAUGAGUUGAGAAAGGAUAGACAUGAUGCUUGGGAGGCGUUGAGGGAUGGGCGAACGGCUUUGAGGAAUAUGACUGAUAGAAAGAAUGAGUAUAAGAGGAUUUUGAGAGGAACGAAGAGAAAGAGAAGCGCGAGAGUUGUGGACGAUACGUCUGAUGACAGUGGCAGCGACAGCGAGGAGGAGAUCCCGGCGGUGAUGAAGAAGAGGUAUGAGAUUCCAUAAUGCUGAGUGCAGGCAAGAUAAAUGCUUGAUAAGCAUCUGCGAGAUCCAGUGCAAAGCCUUUGUGAUGGAAAAUACUGCAUCUAUUGACCAUGUGCACUCGGUUUGCAUGGAUAGUGAUUGGAAGCGGCUUUUGGACUAACGAAUAACCAACAAAGGCAGCAUCAUAUGCUACAAGGCUUCAGUUUGCGACUGCAAAUUAACCC